GCACAAAUACACACACCUAUAUAAGUAUCAAUCAUGACUAACCAAAAGCCAACAUCCAUACGAGGAACAAAGAAAGAAAGGAGUUAAGGGAUGGGACGAGCAAAGGCACGGAUGGAGAUGAUAACUAACAAGAAAGCACGUCGAGUAACGUUUGAGAAGAGGAGAAAAGGUUUGGAGAAGAAAGCUCGUGAAUUAUCAACUCUCUGUGGUGUUAGAAUAUGCUUGAUAGUUUUUGGCCCCGUAGACGAUGACCAGACAAUUGAACCAAGAGUGUGGCCUCAAAAUCCUCAGGAGAUUGAUAGCCUCGUUGACUCCUUUAAGAAGGCAAAUCUCGAUGAUCGCAGGGGCAGAACCACUGAUUUUUCUUUCUUUUACCAGAACAGAAAGAGGAGAGCUGAAGAAGAACUUGCCAGAUUGAGAAAAAAGAAUCUUGAAACCAAGCACCCCACCUGGGACGAAAAAUAUGACUUUUUAUCUUUGGAAGAACUGAGACAAUUUGAUGACCUAUUGAAGGAAAAAGUUGAUAUUAUGAAGGCUAGAGUUGAUUUCAUGAAGGGCACUCAAACUUAUUUUGCUGAAACAAGUCGCAACCUGCAGUACUUGUGCAGAAGCAGAAACAGCAGCACACUAUUCGAAAUCCCUCAGCCACAGCCCUUGUCUUCCUUUGAUCAAAAUAGACAUAGCUUAGAUUCAGCCUUUCAAGAUUCAUACAAUUAUAACUCAAUGGUGAAUCCACAGAUGAUGAUGUGGAUGAAUAAUGGCGCCUCCAGCAGCAUUAAUGCUCCUCUGAUAAGCUACGAUAACUGUGAUCGUAGGAGCCUUGUUCAGUUUAAUAUGGAUCCUGCAGCAGCAGCAGCAGCAGCAGAACAUAUUACUUCUAGUUUAGGCAAUAAUGCUGUUGGGAAUCAAUUUUGCUAUUACGUUCCCAAAAUGCAGCCGAUGCCGCUCUACCUGCAAUAUUCCUUGCAACAAUCCAGAGCUCCCACACAGAUGUAUGCUUCUCAAAGGGAUGAAAAUUAUGGGUUCAGUGAUUUUCAGCUCAUGAAUCCAAAAUAGAGAAGAUCUGCCAUGAUAGUUUUCAGCUGUUAGUUUUAUGGUCUAGGAUUAGUAGAUUUUGGUUUUCCGUUGAUUUAUUUGAAUCAUCCAAAAUUCAAUUUUUUGUACUUUG